AUGGAAGAUUUACUGCAGACCAUCAUUAAAGAUGCGACAGGGAAGCAACUACAGAACCUUAAACAGGCAGCUCAAAUAGCAUACGAUAAGCUUUUUCGACAACAUGGCAUGCACCGUGAUCCACCAUAUGAGUUGCGAAGCGUUUGCUUUAUAGCACUUAAAAUGGCUUUGGAUAGUAAGCGAUCGAAUUUGAUUACGUUGGGACUAAAUGGAAUGCACAAACUAAUAAGAGAUGAAAGAUUCUUCAUUGGACUUGAACCCGAAGAUGAUUCAAACUGGCUUCCUGCACAACUUCUCCGUUCAACAAACGGCAUCUCAUGUACUGGAAACAGCAGUGAAGAGACUGUUGUUAAUGUUUUGAGAUUAUUCCUGUCAAUGGCUUGUUCACAAAACGUUACACUUAACGGAAGAUUACUUAUUGAAGUUUUAUCACGUUGUGGAGAGUUCUGGGAAUAUGGAACACGAUCUGUGAAAGCUGCUUCGUUAGCAGCCGCAAGUCAAAGUUUAAGAACGUUUUGUAAUUUUCUAAAAGACGAAGCUGAAGAGUUGAAACGAACUGCACCAUCUGGAAGCAAUUUGUUAGCAACGACAACAAUUUAUAAUGAAGUCAUUCCUGUCAUGCAAUGGCUUUGCAAUGGACCAGAAGCACGUUGCGUUUAUCUAACAGCUGUUCAAUUAUUGAGAAUUGCUGGGGCUCAAGGAAGUCUUAGACCAGUUCUCGAAGCUCUUUUUCAUAGAAUGCUUCUUCUACCUUUGCCCCAGAAUCGUUCAGAACCUUUGCGAUGUGUUCGCGAUGCUUUCAAAAGCCCACAAAGACUUAUCGAUCUAUCUGUGAUCCUUCACUAUGACAAGAAUCAAAAUGUUUCUGACGAUAUGGAAUUGUUUCGUUUGAUUAUUGAUUCAAUGGAAGAAUGUGCAAUAAGUGCUAACUCAGCUUUUGGAUCUGAUGAAUCGCUUCACUCAAGUAUUGAGUGUUUAGUUGCACUUCUUUCAAGUCUUCAAACUCUAUGUACGGGAGAGAUUGAAAAUGUUAUGAGUGAUCAAGUUACAGAAGCUCUGAACAAUCGUUAUGGAUCUUUGAAGGAAGCAGAUUACUUUGGACCAUUGACUUAUCAAUCACUCAUAAGACUGCCAAGAGAUUAUCGUGAUGCUGUCGCUGAAUUGAAACAAAAUCGAUUCGAUGCACCGUCAGAUUCCGAUAAUGAAGAAGCAAAUAAUCAGCUGCAUCCUGAAGCUGAAGUUUUAUCGAAUGGAUCUGUUUAUUCGACAUUUUUGUUGAGCUUGCAAUUAAUGAGAAUUGGACAUUAUGAUAAGAAAGAUGGACAAAUCACAAUUCCAUUAUCGGAACAACAAUUUGUGACUUCCGUUCAAAAUGCUGGUGUUUUGGUGUAUUUAUCAUCAGCGUGGCUUCGUGAACUUUAUCAAUACAUUUUAGCUUCGAAUCCAUUGGAAGCAAUUAAUAAUAUUGAAGAUUCAACAAGCCGAUGCACAUUAAUCGACAUGAUUUGUGACGCUGGUGGAAUUGGAGCAACGCAAAUGAUGUCAGAAUGGCAAAGAUUGCAAUCAGUUUCCAAAUACAUGAAUCAAAUAGAAAUUGAAACUGAGAAGCAGAAAGCAGCGAAAAAAUUGGCACGAAGACUUCUUACAUGCUGCUGGGAUUCGAUGGUCAUUAUUUUGAGUGCUGGGCUCGGUGAAAUUGAAGAUUCACGUGCUGCAAAGCUUGUAAAGUUCUCCAAGAAACAUUUGAAAGUUGGCAAUGGAAAUCGUAAAAGAUUAACUGGCGAAGCUGCUUUAUAUGCUUUAAGUCUUGAAGGUUUACACGCGGCUGCUACAUUAAGUAAUUCCCUUCAACUACAACAUUUAGCAGGAAAGAUUUUAAAUAUGAUUGCAACGAAUGUCUGUCAAACUUCCGGUCCGAAACUUCCGAGCUCUCAAGCUUUAUCGAUGGAAUUGGUUUUGACAGGAGGUCUCGAGUUAGGUAGCUGUUCGGAAGAUUGUUGGCUUCCGGUGUUUUCUGUUUGUCGUCACGUCACUCAACUUGAACACGAUUUAUUCAGUUCGAGUUCGGGAAAUAUGUCAGCCGGAUCAAAUAUGACAAGCGGAAAAAAUGAUGACUCACCUUCGAAAGAUAAAAAUAACCCAGCAAACUACUUUAUCGAUGAAGACGAAACAUGCGUUGACGUUUAUAGCUUCCUUCAAGCACCCAUGCAAAGUCCAAACACGAACAUUGCAACAAUCUUAAAAGCUUAUCCUAAUACAGUGGCAUUGUCACAAACCGAUACUGCAAAAGUUCUUUGCGCUUUAUCACAUCUCGCCGACAAUUUAUUUUGUGAUGCUUCGGAGCGUCUCAACUUGCCAUCAUUGUGUCAAUUUUUGAAGUCACUUUGCCGUGCAUCACGUGAACAAUUAUAUCGAAGUAACAACAGUAAGAAAGGAAAGAAAACUUGGUGGCUUGGACGUCCUUGGAAAGUCAAGAAUCAGUCACUUCCACUUUCUCUUCUUCUUCAUCGUGUUGGUGAACUUACAUUGAAAGUUUUUCGAAGUUCACGACCAUUAUUACAUAUUCUUAAGGUUUGGAGUAUUUCGGGUCCCCACUUGAUGGAUGCUGCUUGUCAUAAGGAUCGUGACAUUUCAAAACGUGCUAUCGAAUAUAUUCACGACAUCAUAACAGCUUUGCUGGUUGAGCAAUCGGAACUUCCACAUUUUCACUUUAAUGAAGCACUUUUAAAGCCAUUUGAGAAUAUUCUCAACAUGCAGAAUUGUGACAGUGACGUUCAAGAUCAGAUCAUCACUUGUUGUAUGGAGAUUGUGGAAGCUCAUCGUACUGAAAUAAGAUCGGGAUGGCGACCUUUGUUUGGUACGUUGACCACCAGAAAGCUCAACAUUUCGAGCGUCAUCAUUGAUAUAUUUAGGAUAUUCUUGGAGACUGAAAAUACGCUUGUUUUUGCAAAUGCCGGACUUGACUGUAUCCUUUGCCUUCUUUCGUAUUUAGAAACAUCGUCGAGUGUUGACGAUGAAACAAAUAAUAAUCCAAUGCAACAAUCUGAAAGCACAAAUGCGACGACAAGUCGAAUGUCAUCAAAUGGUGUGGAAUUUUUGCACGAUGUUUUGAAAUUCUUAGAGCGAUGCUCGACAAUUCUUGGAUGUCUUUAUAACAUGCCAAACACUCCAAAUCUUCAUUCGACUUAUAAGAUUAAAGGGAUUUCAUACACACACGUUGUCGACGCAAAUACACAAAACUCGAUGGAAAACUUUCAAUACUUUGGCAAUGAACAUCUUCAGAACUUGAACGACCAAUAUAUGAUCUCGUAUAGAUCGUUGCACAUUGAUAAAGAUUCAAUUACAAAACUCGAAGAGUUGGGGAAAAGUGGAUGUGGAGUAUUGAAAGUUUGGUUUCUUCUUCUCGACGGAUUAACAAACUCUUUGAUUCUUUGUCCAAAUUCACAUCAAUCGCCAAUCAUUCAAACGAUCUUUAAGAUUUUUCGUUCUGUGUUUGAGAUUCCUGGAAUUGAUUUUGGAUUUUAUUGUGUCAAUCAUCUUUUGAUUCCAUUGAAUCAGGAUUGGUUACGAUACAUAAAUAAGAGUCAGAAGAGUUGGGCGAGUUUUGAGAAGAAUUUCAAGCAUUGCUGCUGCAUGACAACAGAUUUGGUUGUUGAGUUAAUUGAAAAGUCGCAAUUUCAACCUUCGAAGCUUAAAAUAGACGUCAAGAAUCCCAGCGAUAAUUCAAAUGAAGAAGAAAUGUCAAAGAUACCAAUAGCAGCAAAUCUCGCACUUAAGCAAUUGCUUCUCGUUCUUAUCGAAUGUUCAGUGCAACCACAAGAAGCCGUGUCAAGAAUUGGCGUUUCAUGUUUGAAGCACAUCAUCUUUACCAUUGGUUAUCUCUUCAACGAAGACCAGUGGUUGACAAUUUGUUCAGCGAUUCAUCGUGCAGCGACUAUCAACCUCGCUCCACUUCGUCAACUGUCUUACGCAUUUCUUCUUUAUCCAAACCUUAAUGCUGACGGUAAUUUCGUGCUUCGAAUUCCUUAUCGCAAUCUUGUAAUCGGACUUUUGGUCUCGCAAAUGCUUUUACAAUUGAUUGCGAACAUCUUACUGGGUGGAUUGAAAUGUGUCGCACAAACUGAAUUGCAUACAGUCAUCUACGAAUACAACACAUCAUCAUCUUCAUCAACGAGUAAUGAGAAAAAGCCACAAUUUAAUUUAAGUUAUCGAGCCAAAGAAAUUCUCUACAGAUGUCUUCGACAAUAUUUGCACUGCUCGAUUGAAUUCGAUUACAGGCCUGGCCUCAAAUUUCUUAUUCAGAAAGUGUCGAAUUUGGAUUAUGCCGCUAACUUAUACAAACAAUUGACAAGCUCGUUCAUCAUCAUCUUCAUGAGUCUCGUCGAUGUUUAUUUGAGCGAUAUUGAGAAAUUGAAUUUAACGACAAGUGACUUGAAGUAUAUCAUUGAAUCAUCGAAUGGCGACAACUUGAUAAAGAAAAAGGAAUUUUUCGUUCGUAAUUUGUAUACGUUGCGUGAGAUUUGGGAUCAAAUUGCAGAUCUGUAUGUGAAAGCGGUUAAAAUUUCUCCAUAUCCAAAACGAAGAGAAAGUUUCGCUAAUGAAAUUAAUAUUGUUGAGAAUAAAAUGGUUGAAAUUCAGGAUCAACUUGAAAAUGGUUUGAAUAGUUAUGAAACUGAUGACGAUGACGUUUUUCUGCCUUCACCAGUCACCACCGAAAAGAAUUCCAAACUCGAAAAGGCGCCGAGUGAAGAAAGUGUCAAAAUUUUCCUUAAAGACCAAGACGACUCAAACAAUUCUAAUGCGGCUGCUAUUUCAUCGCCUAAGCAACAACGUGAAAACCCUUUCAAUAAUUUACCGGAAAAUAAACAACAGCAAGUCGUGUCACCAGAAAUCGAGCAACAAAGAAAAUUGAGCAUACUUAAAGACGAACAAUGUAAACGAAAAUCUCUUACACAACUCAUUGUUGCAAGCAUGGAACUCAUCAAACUUCUUUCCAAUGAAUCAGCUGAAAAUAUUCGCAUAUUAUUGACGACUAAAAUUAAUGAAGCAUUUGAUAUGAUUGACCGUCUUGAC